GAGAGACAACAAUAUAUAUUCUCUCUCGUCUCCUCCCUUCCUCUCUAUUCUAUGCAAAACCAACACACACUACUUUGAUUUUCACCUUCCCUCUCCUCUCUUCUUCUCUCUCUCUUUAUCUAUCUCUUCCUACCCUCUUAACCUCGUGAUUGUGAUUUCACGCCCCAUGAGAGUUCAACCUCUCUUGAACUAGGAUUAAUCUUUCACGUGGGUUCUUGACGUUUUUCGAGCUCUUCAAUGGAGAUGGAAUCAGCUGAGUCGGAUCUUGUGGGUAAUUCCUUGAAAGAAACACCUAUUGAAGAUCUGAUUCAUUCAGAUACUCCUACAAGCAAUGUGUUUGGAGAUCAACAUGUGCUUCCCCGAGUUGGUGGCAAGUAUCAGGUGGAAAUUCCUUUUAUGACAGUGGAGACGAUGGAAUCUGAGCGGCUUAAGCUUUUGACUAAUCCCGCUGACUCAGAAAUUGCCAGUGAAUCCCAUUCCUUUCUUAUGGGAUUACCCAUCCCAAUUGCAUGGGUCAAAGAAGGGGAUAACAUUGAAGCUGAAGGGUUGGAUUCUCCUACAACCCCUGAUGAUGCAGUUAAUGUAAAGAAGUCUCUGGAAGCUAGAAAGAGAAAAAAGAUUCAUAAGAAAGCAAGGAAGAAAAAUUCAGAACUCAAUGCUGAUCACUUGGAAUCUGGGUUGGGCCAGGGAGGAGAUUCAAGAUCAACAAGUUUAAAAACAUUGUUGCUGAAAGAAAGGCAAUCAUAUCAGCUGCUAGAGAGCAAAAGCUGUUCUCCAGUUCCCGAUUCAUCUAGGGAACCCUGGAGUGACACUGAAGCUGAUAGUUUUCUCCUUGGCUUGUACAUUUUUGGGAAGAACUUCAUUCAGGUGAAGAGAUUCAUGGAGCACAAGAGCACAGGAGAAAUAAUGUCAUUUUACUAUGGAAUAUUUUAUAGGUCUGAUGAAUACUACAGAUGGUCAGAUUGCCAGAAAGGUAGAAAAAAGAAAUGCAUUAUUGGCGAGAAAAUUUUUACAGGGUGGAGGCAACGAGAAUUGUGUUCUCGUAUGAUUCCUCAUGUCCAAGAAGAAUCGCGAAUCACUUUGUUUGAGGGCUAUAGGUCGUUUGCAGAAGGAAGAACUUUACUAGAAGAAUAUGUCUCCUCUUUAAAGUCUACAGUUGGCAUUCCUGUACUUGUGGAAGCUGUAGGAAUUGGGAAAGGGGAAGAAGACCUCACAGGCUUUCCCAUAGAGCCUGGAAAGAAUAAUCAAGAGACUCCAGGUUGUUCAACUCCAAGAGUACCAAAUGGUAAAGCUUUUGCUUCUCUUUCAUUUACGGAAAUAGUGAAGCUUUUGACUGGAGGGGUUCGGUUGAGCAAAGCUCGAUGUACUGAUAUUUUUUGGGAGGCUGUAUGGCCCCGAUUGCUGGCAAAUGGAUGGCACUCUGAGCAACCCAAGGAUCGAGGUUAUGUCAGUUCCGAAAAUUAUUUGGUUUUUCUUAUGCCUGGGAUAAAGAAGUACUCAAAAAGAAAAUUGACAAAGGGUGAUCAUUUUUUGGAUUCUGUUAGUGAUGUUUUGAACAAAGUGGCAUCUGAACCAAAACUCAUUCAGCUGGAAGCUGAAAAAGAUCCUGUUGGGAAUGAAGUAGGUGGGUGGACUCCAGAGGUGACAUCAGACCAGGAAGAUGAAUCUUGUUUUCAACGUCCUUGCUACCUCAAACCCCGAGUCUCUAAAAGCAAUUCAAACCAUCUGAAGUUCACUGUUGUUGAUACCAGUUUGGCCCAUGGAGGAAAAUCACGUGGCAUAGUGGAACUGAUGAACUUACCAGGUGAAGUGAAGACUAACACAGAACAAUCCAAUUCCUCAUCAGACAGUGAAGGGGAAUCAUCUGAGUAUAAACUUGUACUGAAUGAGUACCAGAAUGGUAUCACUCAAAGAGGUGAAAUGCCGUUGAAAAAGAAUAAGGCCAAGAAUGGUGGCGGUGGUAGUGAUCUGAAGAGGUUCACCGUUGUUGAUACCAGUCUAGUUUUUGGAGGAAAAUCAUCAACUGUGAGAGAGAUAAGAUGCUUGCCAGCUGUAGAUAAAUGUGUACUCAAGUCGAAAUGUACUUCUUGGGAAACUGAAGCAGUCUCAUCUGAGGAUUUACUGCAAAAGGUUAAGCCUGAUGCUACUGAUAUUUCACAGAAUGCUGAAGUGAAUAACUCCAACAUCGACUGCCAUGAGGAUACAUUUGCUACUACAGAAAAAGUAGAAAGCCACCAGGAUCAGAAAACCAGCAUGUCUGAUGACAAGCAGCCAAAAGGGAGCACAUUUGCUACUACAGAAAAAGUAGAAAGCCACCAGGAUCAGAAAACCAGCAUGUCUGAUGACAAGCAGCCAAAAGGGAGCACAUUUAGCAAAUUCAGUCGGAGAGCUAAACCUAGCCAUUCUGAUUCCAUAGGUCCUCUUAUCAAACGGCGAAAAUUAACUGCUUGUGUUAAGGCAGAGACAAGUAGCCUCAUUGAAAACUGCUCGGAAGGUUUGGAGUCCGAACAAGUGGAACAAGUGGGACUCCAUGGAACAUUGACUGAUUUAAAUUCAGGAACGCUUGUUGUUGCUCUAGUGGGUCCUAAACAAAAGGAAUCAUCAAGUACUUCUGAGGCUGAAGGUAAUCUAGAAGAGGAGAGCAGUUUGGAAGCUCGCAGUGGAGAUUGUUCUGGCAUGCAGACUUCCCAAACCCACACAUCAUCUGACCAGAGCCAACCUCAGGAUUUGGUGGACAGAAUGGGUGGCGAUAUAUGUUUUGGGUUCAGCCAUGAGACAAAUGCAGAUAUUUCAGGCCUUUCAUCUAGUGGAACAAAGACCGUUGAUGAUUCUCUGGGAACCAACAUGAAUUCUAGGAGGCAAAGCACCAGGACCCGACCACUAACCACUAAAGCAAUGGAAGCUCUUGCAAAUGGGUACUUAAGUAUUAAAACUAGACAAAAGAAAGUUGUUGGUAUGAGAGAAAACUCAUUAUCACGUCCCUCUCGCAAGUCCCACAGGCUUCGCAGCAUAGGCGAAGCAACUUCAAGCCCUCCUGAGACUGUUGGUGGAACUGUGACUCCAAAGGAAGAAAUGGAAGUCAAUGAAGCUUGCAAUGCUACCGAAGAUACAGUUAGGAAACCUCUUGAUCAAAUGGCAGAUAAGUGGCUCACUAGCUACUAGCUUAUCUUUGAAGACUUGUGUCAUCUUGAAGUUUUCUGACUUGGAAAGUGGAAUCGAAGUCUUCCAGAUCGCAUUAGAGUAAGUAUAGAUGUCCUUGUUAGAUAUUAUUGUCAAAAUUAGUUCAAUGCUAGAGGGAAUGCCGAGAAGAAGCACCUGUUUUAGUUAUUUAGCGAGUCUAAUAGUUUAUACAAGUAAUGUGGUCUCAUAUAACUACAGCCUCUUCUUAUUUCCUUGAGAUUUCAUCAUCUUUGAAGUGGAUCAUAUAUUGGUUUUAUGGUAUUUACUAUCAAAGC